AUGACGUCACAGCCACGCCCACAACAAGCCCCGCCCACUCCCGGCCCUAUAAAAAGCCCCGGCCCGGCCGAGCCCGGCUCGGCAGCUCCCGACCCGAUCCAGGUGAGCCCAAUCCAGGUGAGGCUGAUCCAGGUGAGUCCAAUCCAGGUGAGCCUCGAUCCAGGUGAGGUCCAAGCCAGCCCAGCAAUGGCUCCCGGAGCCUUCGGCCUCAUCCUCGCCCUCCUCAUCCUCGGCGCGGCCCCGGCGCGGGCGGGGAACGGCCCGGAGCUUCCCGAGGAGGACGAGUCGCGGAUCAUCGGCGGCCGGCCCUGCUCCGUGGCCCAGCGCCCGUUCCAGGUGGCGCUGAUCAAACGGGGGCAGAUCCUGUGCGGGGGCAGCCUGGUGGGGGCGCGCUGGGUGCUGACCGCCGCCCACUGCAAACAGCCAAUCAGGGAUCUCCAGGUGCUGAUCGGCACCAACACCCUCCGCUCAGGUACGGGCCAGGUGCGCCGCGUGCAGCGCCUGCAGGUGCACCCCGCCUACAACCCGCGGCGCAACGACAACGACUUCAUGCUGCUGCACCUGGACGCACCUGUGCGCUUCGGGCCCCGCGUCAAGAAAAUCCGCCCGGCCACCAGGUGUCCCCGCGCGGGGCAGAACUGCAGCGUGUCAGGGUGGGGCACCACCAAAUCACCUGGAGCCAAGCUGCCCCGUGACCUGCAGUGUGCGCAGGUUCAGACCUUCGGGCCGGAGCAGUGCGCCCGCGCCUACGGCAAUGCUGUGACCCGGAACAUGUUCUGUGCAGGUGUGCCCCAGGGCGGCGUCGACUCCUGCCAGGGUGACUCAGGUGGCCCUCUCGUGUGCGGGGGGUUCCUGCAGGGCGUGGUGUCCUGGGGCCUGGCCGUGUGCGGUCAGCGUGGGAACCCCGGCGUGUACAGCAACGUGUGCCGGGCCACGCCCUGGAUCCGCCGCGUCAUCGGCACCGGCCAAUGA